AUGGCUGACGGAGGAACAGGGGAACAGGGAAGGGGGGAGGCGGGAAACGGGAAAUGGGAAGGGGAACAUGGGAGGAGGAAACGGGAGGAGGGUGGCGAGACAGAGGGGGUGGCAUGUAGAGAGGAGGUGGCAGGGGGAGGGGGUGGCGGGGCUGCAGGGGAAGGAGCACAGGGGAAGGGGAAGAGGCAGGGCAGAGGGGCUAGCGGGGACAGGGCUGGCGGGGAGAGGGGGGUGGCGAGGAAAGACUUGGGAGUGGAUCUUGGUGGUGGUAUAGGAGUUGGAGUCGGAGCAGGAAUAGGGUUGGGCAUAGGAGGAGGUAGUGGUGCGGGUUCCGGGGCUGGUUCGGGAUCUGGUUCUGGUUCAGGUUCCCAUUCUAGCUCGAGCUCAUCAUCAAGUUCAUCAGCUUCUUCUUCAGGGUCGGGGUCUGGAUCAAGUGCAGGAUCAGAGGCGGGUUCAUAUGCAGGAUCUAGAGCUGGGUCCGGGUCUGGAUCAAGUGCAGGCUCCGAGGCUGGUUCAUACGCAGGAUCUAGAGCUGGAUCUGCAUCGGGGCAAGGACGUGGUCGUGGUUCAGGAUCUGGUGCUGGGCAUAAUUAA